AUGUCGGCCGAAGUUGGAAUGCGGGCGCGCUCCGCGGUGAGGGCUGCCGUCCGGUGGAUGGCGCUGCUGCUGCUGCUGCAGUGCCUGGGCAGCCACCCCUCCUUCACCGCGGCGGGAGAAUACAAACACGUGGUCGUUAAAAUCAAGAAAUAUUUCAGCUUUCCCCAUUCGGAGUUUCGUGAAAGCUAUGGCAAUCAGGUGGAUUACGGCGUGUCUUGGAGUGUCUGUCAAAUAAAUGGAGGCGCUCUUACUGCGGAUCAAACACCUGCAGCGCAUCAGUCCAUCACGGAUUACUUGAGGAGGGUGAGAGGCAUUGCCGAUGCUGAGGUAUUCACGUACAUGGGCGGCAACGCCUACUACAGCUUUUUUUGGGAGGAGAACCCUAAAAGGGUGUGUAAUCCAGAAGAUGGUAACACACUCUUGAACUGCAUCUUUGAGUGGAAUCAGGGGCUGUUUGAGGACGCGAGUGCGAAGCCGAAACCACGUGGUGUUCCGUUUUUCAGAGGUUCACUGCACUCCAUCCCUGGCACAGGCCCACUGAACGGGUACGACGAUUACUGGCGCGAUAACUGCCCUGCCAACGGCCAAAUUUACUUAAUAUCUAGCCUGGAUGUAGUGAAGAUGGAGACGACGACAUUGUGGUACGAUGGGGCAAUGCAUGCUUACGAUAACACUGAUACGUCUGCUGUGGCAUACUGCCUUGUCUGUGAGGUGCAAGACGAAAUCAUGACGACGACGACGACGACGACGGAGGCCCCGCCCGCCACCACGACUACGGCGUUGCCGGAGGUGGUGGUGCCGUGGGCGCAGGAUCACUGGUACGCCAUUCUUCUUGCCAUGUUGUUGCCGCUUCUCGCUGCGAUUGUACUAACUGUCGUUAUCAUCUUCUGCUGUUGCCGCCGUCGUACCGAUGAUGAAUCCACGAGGGUGGCGUCCAUGGAAUUGCGGGAGGUGAAGGGCAAUGUGUAUGAGACCCAACAGAGGCAGAACGGCGGUGUGAGUGUGUCUGAGGACCCCGUUCUGCUCACGGGGAGGACACAUGAGCAGAAACUUUUUUUAGAGUGGAAUUCCUCGAUAUCCCCUUCACAAUGUGCAGCCCCUGUUGAAUCCUCGCCACGUCUAGUAUCCGCAUCAGUUGCUUCUCAGUCGUCGAGGCUGUCGAGAAACCAUAGUCGCCGCCGCGUUGCAUCGGGUACAUUUGCAGGUGGGGAUUUUUCAAGGGGCGAGGGGAUUGCUGAAGACGCAGAUGGUGCCUCUGUUGGGAACACGAGGAGGGUACGGCGCGUUGUGACCUCCAGAAACGUGGUGCAUCGGGAUGAUCUGGAGACAAUGGAGUCACGAUAG